CCUUUGUUACCAGACAGCAUUCGAUUACUUCGCCUACUUCCUAGUGAAGACGAAACAGCGCCCAUCCAAUGCGAGCUCUUCCACUACUCUCUGCAGGAAUCAGGAAGACGAACGCAUCCAUAUGAAGCUCUGUCCUAUGUUUGGGGUCGCGCAGACAAUCCUCAAUCUAUCUUCGUACGGGAACAUGAUCCCACGAGCGGAAAUGGCCUACCCGUGACGCAAAACCUUCACGCGGCGUUGGCACGUCUGCGAUACUCUCUUUUUGAACGAAUCAUAUGGAUCGAUGCUGUCUGCAUCAAUCAAAACGAUGAUCGAGAGAGAGAACAACAAAUUCAGUUCAUGGCAAAGAUCUACGCAUUAGCAAAUCGUGUAAUUGUUUGGCUUGGGGAGGUAGCAGAAGACAGCGAUCAAGCGCUCCAUUGGAUACGCGCUGCUGGAGGCACCAUGCCGCAAAUUCCCCUUUGCGACGGAAUGUCUCAGCAAGCAGUUACUGCUCUACUUCAACGACCGUGGUUUCGGCGCAUCUGGGUACUGCAGGAAGUUGCUGCGGCGCGUCAUAUAUUAGUUAUGUGUGGAUCUAUGGAGAUAGAUGGAUGCGCCUUCGCUUUAGGUAUAGAUUCGUUUCAACGGUUUGACGACGUUCGUGCAGGCUUGCAGAGUUUAACCAGUUCAGUAACCUACCUGAUAAGGGGAUCAAUCUUUAGAUCUAGCUUCUCUAUGAGCAGAUCAGGUAGAUAUUCUCUGGAUAUCUGCCCACUAGGGGAGCUAGUGGAUUUGUACCGUGCCCAUGAGGCUACCAAGAGCCAUGACAGGGUAUUCGCCUUACUGGGUAUGAGCUCUGAUGAUCUCAGCAAAUCAAGGCUAUUGCCUGAUUACACCGUUUCCUGGGAAGAACUCUUAAAGCGACUUACCAAGUAUCUACUGUGUGAAGAGAUAUCUGUAGAGAUUUUGGGAGUUGGUCGCGAGAUUGCAGUCAUCAAAGGCAAGGGCUUUGUUCUUGGCAAAGUGUUAUUUGUACAAAGCAACGCCGUUCAGAAUGAGAGAGUGAAUGUGCAUGUCAUUUUCAAGAAUGGAGAGAUAAGCGAUUCUCUACCUCUUCAGACAUCAACAACAUCCGUCCGAGAUGGAGACAUCAUUUGCCUUCUCCAAGGCGCUUCGAACCCAACGAUUAUCAGACAACGUCAAGAUCAUUUUGAAGUUAUAGCGAUCGCAGCUAGGCCUUUAACGGAGAUUCCAGUGAUAGCUGGAUCUAUUGAUUGGUCAACAUUUUUACAAUUAGAAAUACUCUUCAUUCACGAUUUGGUACUUGUGUGGGACUGGGAAAUUUCUUUAGACAAAUCACAACACCCAGAAAGAUAUGAUCGAGUGUUGCAAUGUUCGACGGAGCUUCAUGGCCCUUUGGAAAGAGCUACUAGAAUAUGGACCGUUGCACGAGUAUUGGCAGAUGUGAGAAAAAGUAAAAAGGCGCGAAAGAGACUUCAAGAGGCAGUCAUGGGCUAUGAGACAGCAUUUGGGAUACAGCAUUCGGACAAAUUGGAAACGGAAUACGAUUUGACACCGUUAUCAUGGGCCGCAAAGAAUGGGCAUGAUGCUGUAGUACGCCUACUGCUUGCAAAAGAUGAUGUCGAUCCGGACAUGAAGGAUAGUCAAUCGAAUCGAACGCCACUUUCGUGGGCAGCCGAGAAAGGGCACGAGGCUAUAUUCCAGCUGCUACUUGAUACAGGUAAUGUUGAGAUCGACUCUAAGGAUGCUUUUAGGCGAACACCACUCUCGUGGGCAGCCGAGGGAGGGCACGAAACUAUAGUACAAUUACUACUUUCAAAAGAUGAUGUUGAUCCGGGCUUGGAGGAUGUGUCUGGUUGGACGCCACUCUCGUGGGCAGCUGAAAAAGGGCACGCAACUAUAGUCAAUCUACUCCUUAGUACA